AUGUCUUUUGGUAGACAUGCCUACCGGCAUGUGCUGAGGCCGCCUUCUCCACCGACCAUUGACCAUCUUUGGAUCAGCGACGACUUGCUCGCCUCAACCUUCCGCCGGUUUGCGAAUGGCCAACGCCGCCAUGGGAGCUGCGUCCCCGGUCCUCUCGAGGCCCGGAGGCGCCUUGCUCGACGCAGAAAUACGGCACUCGCUGGUUUUGGGGUGGCUUCGGCUGAGGAUAUUGCGUGUUUGUUCGGCCGCAAUGGGAGAGAGCAUAUGAAAUGGACCGACCACCCAUGGCAGAGAGCCCAUUUUGAAAAUCAAGACGUUGAAAGUUACACAUUAGGCAUGGCCGACACCCAAAUACCUUUCUAUCACCAAAACCCUGAACCUACAGACUCCGCUAUCUCAAGUGACAACCCUUCGACUCCCUACAAGACAGCCCACAAGUCCCGACCUCAAAUAUUAGCGGAAUACCUCGACACGGAAAACUGGAGCAUUGAAGAUGUGAGGGACUUUGCCCGCAGGCUGAGGAUAGACCUUCAACGAGAGCCAACCUACAGUCGGCAAAUAUUCGAAAAGCUCAUUAAACGGUCAACUACAGACCUGAGACAGGCAAUCAAAUUCCUCGACGAUCCAUUUUUGAAUACGCGUGGGUCCGGCAAUUACAUUGCAGCCGUGAAAAUGUUUAUACGAACGAAGGCAAAACGAUCGAAUCGCGUCCACGUGCUCAACUCUGUUGUUAAAGCGCUCGAGCUAGGAUUGGUCCCAUCAGAUGAACUUUGCUUGAUAGUCAGAGCGAUACCAAAUAUCUUGGUUGAACGAAACAAGACAUUGGGCAACUGGGACCAGAAAGCAUUGCUAAAACAUUAUCGAGCCAUGUGGAAGGCUAUCGGACGCUGCAACAUCCUUGGCUUUCGCGAUCUCGACAAAGGGGUCGUGAGUUCGUGGAUUACGCAGCUUCUGAAUGUACGAAGCUUCCGUUUUGCGGAAGAAAUAAUUGUCGCAACUCAUGAUGCGAACUCUGAUGUCCACUGGCCCACAACCUUGAUUAUGGCCCAACUGAAGACUCUCAACGAAAUUGAUGCUAGUACAGCUCUUCCAUACCCUUACCAAAUGUUGAGCCAACUUAAUGAGGACUGUGCGGCCAGAUCCAUUGUUGACGUUACUGAGACUUUGGCCUUGUCUAUGCCCAAAGGCCAUGCGAGGGACCAAUUGCUAGAGCGAUGGCGAGAAUGCCUCCUUAGGGUUUCAAACAUCUCUGCUAUUGCAUCGUCACAAGUAUGGCUUGAUCUUCCGCUCGCCUAUACAGACAGCGUAAAGGUGGUACGGUCUCCUUUGAUAACUCCAGUUCAACGUCAUAUCAUUCUUCGCCUCUGGAUUUUGCGAAGUCUCAGCCGAGCUCUUGGACCUAUGUAUAAUCAAAACUCUAGGCCCACUGACCAGCCCAUCUACAUGCUACUUAGCCUGUUUGAAACAGCGACCCAAUAUACGGAUGGAUCUUUUCUGUCGGAUCUCAUGGGUGCUAUUCAAAGCCUAAAUCUUCCUCACAAUAGCCUUUUACUUUUGGCAGUCGACCUCAAGAUAAGGAAAUUGACAACAAGAGCAACCCGUCGAACUCUUGAGCGAUUGGAGACCUCAGCGACUACCUUAACAGAUGUUUGGGCGGACCCAGUCGCGUACAAGGGCAUACAAUCCUUCUUUUACGGCACGUUUGAGCAAAUGUUCCGCCGCUUAGAUCUGACAAGCCCUGAGUCUGUGGCAGAAUGUCUCCAUCUGGCUCGAAGUGGGGACUCGAAAAGCGUCUGGUCGGUUCUCAGACUUCUGCGCAACCAUACCCCCUUCAAGCUUUGCCUCAACAAGGCCUGGGUUCCCCUGCCUCACCCUGGCGAGAAAGCUCUCGUACGCUAUCACCCAGGCCCUCGUGAUGCCCAAAGUCCUGACCCAUAUGUUGCUGUUGAAUUCAUCCAUCAACUUGCUGUCGCGUUCUCUUGCUGCCAACAAUUAACCCCUUCCCGGUCGUUCCACCUCAUUCACUGGCUCUACGACUAUUUGCGCCGGCAUGGUGGCCCCGUCUAUCCCUCUUUAGUACAAGCUAUGUAUCAUGCCGGUGUUGUGCGUUAUCGCCGUGAGGGACGUCGGAUCUCACCCACCCAGUAUGAGUAUAUCCUCUGGAUUGUCAGCAAGUUUGAAGGCCCCGAUGUUGCGAACCAACUAAGGUCCCCGGCGCAGAUCGGGCAGGGAACUUCUCGGUAG